AUGGCGAGGAACUACGUUUCCCAGAAUGCCUUACGAGCCCCAGGGAGGUCAACCCUGCCUCUUGCAGGUCAUCCAGAUGGAGGAGGAGGAGGUUGGAAGAUGAUGGAGUUCUCCCGCGCUUCUCCUCUUCCUCGGCUCCCGCGGCUGGAGGGAGAAUUGGGGGUUGCCACCUCGGCGGGAAAGAGAUCGCCCGUGGCCUUUGAGGAGGUAGCCAUGUUCUUCACAGAGGAGGAAUGGACGCUGCUGGAUCCAGGCCAAAGAAAAGUCUUCUGGAAGGUGCUGGAGGAAACUUAUGAGACCGUGGCCUCUCUGUGGGGCUGCAUUUCCAGGAAGGACUCGCAAGCACCAGAGACGGCCACCAUGCCUUUUCCUGAUAUCCAGGGGGCUCUGUUUCUUCAAGAAGGAUACACACAUUUAUGGGACAUGCAGUUCCUGAGGGCCUCUCUUCUUUCUUCUUUACCCCGGCUGGAGGGAGAAUUUGGCUUCUGCACAACUGCAGGGACGAGAUCUCCGGUGUCGUUUGAGGAAGUUGCCGUGUUCUUCACAGAGGAGGAAUGGGCUCUGCUGAAUCCGGGCCAAAAAAAACUCUACUGGAACGUUACAGAGGAGAACUAUGAGACUGUGGCCUCUCUCGUUGGAGAUGUGAGGGAGAUGGUGAAUGAGAAAGAAUCCGGAAGGAGAUUUGUGGAAAAAGACAGCAAUCUGCAGGUGGAAGCAAAAUCUAGGGACAAAGUGGUUUCAACAGAACAGCGCAGAAGGAAAAUGGAAGCAAAUGAGAAACAAAGGAAGGAACUGGUUACUUGUCAGGGAAGAGUGGAGAAGCCAUAUAAAUGCUUGGAGUGUAGAAGAUGCUUCAUUCACAAAGGCACGCUAAGAGCACAUCAAAAGAUUCACACAGGGGAGAAGCCAUAUAAAUGCUUGGAGUGUGGAAAAUGCUUCUCCUGGAAUGUUAGCCUACAUUCGCAUCAAAAGAUUCACACAGCGGAGAAACCAUAUAAAUGCUUGGAGUGUGGAAAGCGCUUCUGUCGGAAUAGCCAGCUAACUGCACACCAAAAGAGUCACACAGCGGAGAAGCCAUAUAAAUGCUUAGAGUGCGGAAAGUGCUUCUAUUGGAAUAGCCAGCUAACUGUACACCAAAAGAUUCACACAGGGGAGAAGCCGUAUAAAUGCUUGGAGUGUGGAAAGUGCUUCCCUCAGAAUAGCCAGCUAACUGCACACCAAAAGAUUCAUACAGGGGAGAAGCCAUAUAAAUGCUUGGAGUGUGGAAAGUGCUUCUCUCAGAAUAGCCAGCUAACUGCACAUCAAAAGAUUCAUACAGGGGAGAAGCCAUAUAAAUGCUUGGAGUGUGGAAAGUGCUUCCUUUGGAAUAGCUGGCUAAUUGUACACCAAAAGAUUCACACAGGGGAGAAGCCGUAUAAAUGCUUGGAGUGUGGAAAGUGCUUCUGUUGGAAUAGCCAGCUAACUGCACACCAAAAGAUUUGUACAGAAGAGAAGCCAUAUAAAUGCUUGGAGUGUGGGAAGUGGUUUUCUCAGAAUAGCCAGCUAACCUCACACCAAAGGAUUCACACAGGGGAGAAGCCAUAUAAAUGCUUACAGUGUGGAAAGUGCUUCUGUCAGAACGGCCAGCUAACUACACACCAAAAGAUUCACACAGGACAGAAGCGGUAUAAAUGCUUGGAGUGUGUCGUGGCCGUGGUGAGGGAGUAUAUCUUCCUCCCGAUAGUGUCGAGCUUCUUGCCCUCUCGUUCUGGAGGUACUGGGUGUCUCGUUUGCUUCGACUUCGAGGAGGAGUGGACGAUAAUCGAGUUCGGAGCCGGCGAGUGGGCAUCCAGCGGUUGCGAGAGAUCCACGAAUUGGCGAGGGUCAAGAGGGCGGCUCUUAGUGGAGAUAGGAAAGUGGGUCUCCAGUAUCUGGUCCGGUGGAGAGUUCGGGAUCGACGGGGACCUGGAUGAGAUGCGCACGAUUUCCAGUGGAGUAAUCGGCGGUGUUGUGGUCGACUUCGAUGCCGGAGUUUUGGGGAUCGAGCCCGAGCCGCUUGUGGUCGGGUUCGAUGCCUUCGGCUUGGUUGUGGUCGAGCCCGUGGCCGGGUUCGAACUCGAGUGUCCGGUCUUAGGCUUCUUUGAGCUGGCCGUGCCCGUCGGGUCCGCGUGGGCGGAAUCUGAUCGGUGGCGCUUUUUCGAGUCAUCCGACUUCUUGAUACUAGAGAACUACCGGAGAACAGAGCUCAGCAGUCAAAACUUGGAAUUUCACGGAGCUGAACCUGUCAGUUUGGCUUACUGGGAAGCCUGUCUAUCUAAAUUCAAGUUUCUAGACCUCAAGCACUGA